GAGGUCCCGGUCAUGGGGCUGGCCAGGCUGCUGGUGCUGGCGUGAGAAGGGGCAACGGAGCGGCCGGGCACCGGCCCCCGGCUUCCCGCAUGGAUGUCUUCAGCUUUGUGAAGAUUGCAAAGCUUUCCAGGCACUCUGCUGUUUUAUGAGACAGGCAUUAGUGUCCCUACUUAAAGUUCAGGAAGCAGAGGCACAGAGCAGUUCAGUGGCAUGAGGUCACACAGCUGCCACAGGACGAAGUCGUCAGGCUGGCCACCUCCCUCAGGAACCUGGGGCUUGAACCAGGUACCACCCUAUGGAUGGGAGAUGAUGACAAACCGAGAUGGGCGAGACUACUUCAUCAAUCACAUGACACAGGCUAUCCCAUUCGAUGACCCUCGAUUUGAGAGCUGCCAAAUCAUCCCUCCAGCUCCUCGGAAGGUGGAGAUGAGGAGGGAUCCUGUGCUGGGAUUUGGUUUUGUGGCAGGGAGUGAAAAGCCAGUGGUCGUUCGCUCAGUCACACCAGGUGGCCCCUCAGAAGGGAAGCUGAUCCCAGGAGAUCAGAUUGUAAUGAUCAAUGAUGAACCAGUCAGUGCAGCACCCAGGGAGAGGGUCAUUGACCUGGUCAGAAGCUGCAAAGAAUCGAUACUCCUUACUGUCAUUCAGCCUUACCCUUCUCCCAAAUCAGCAUUUAUUAGUGCUGCAAAAAAGGCAAGAUUAAAGUCCAAUCCUGUCAAAGUGCGCUUCUCUGAGGAAGUCAUCAUCAACGGCCAAGUGUCGGAAACCGUUAAGGACAAUUCACUUCUUUUUAUGCCAAAUGUUCUGAAAGUCUACCUGGAAAAUGGGCAGACCAAAUCCUUCCGCUUUGACUGCAGCACCUCUAUAAAGGAUGUCAUCUUAACCCUGCAAGAGAAGCUCUCCAUCAAGGGCAUUGAACACUUCUCCCUCAUGCUGGAACAGAGGACAGAGGGAGCUGGAACCAAGCUGCUCUUGCUUCAUGAACAGGAGACGCUAACUCAGGUGACACAGAGGCCUAGCUCCCAUAAGAUGAGGUGUCUUUUCCGAAUAAGCUUUGUCCCAAAAGAUCCAAUUGACCUGCUUAGGAGAGAUCCAGUUGCUUUUGAAUAUCUCUAUGUUCAGAGUUGUAAUGAUGUGGUUCAGGAGAGAUUUGGGCCGGAGCUGAAAUAUGACAUUGCCUUACGACUGGCUGCGUUACAAAUGUACAUUGCCACCGUUACCACCAAGCAGACACAGAAAAUCUCUCUGAAAUACAUCGAGAAAGAAUGGGGAUUAGAGACUUUCCUUCCUUCUGCUGUGUUGCAAAGCAUGAAAGAGAAGAAUAUCAAGAAAGCACUUUCCCACCUCGUCAAAGCAAAUCAAAACUUGGUACCACCGGGUAAAAAGCUCUCUGCACUACAAGCCAAGGUCCACUAUCUCAAGUUUCUCAGUGACCUGCGACUGUAUGGGGGCCGUGUGUUCAAGGCAACAUUAGUGCAGGCAGAAAAGCGCUCAGAAGUGACUCUUCUGGUUGGGCCCCGGUAUGGCAUAAGUCAUGUCAUAAAUACCAAAACCAAUCUGGUGGCUCUUCUAGCUGACUUCAGCCAUGUCAACAGAAUUGAAAUGUUUACUGAAGAGGAGAGCUUGGUGAGGGUGGAGCUUCAUGUGCUAGAUGUGAAGCCUAUCACCCUUCUCAUGGAAUCGUCAGAUGCCAUGAACUUGGCCUGCUUGACAGCUGGAUACUACAGGCUCCUUGUGGAUUCCCGGAGGUCAAUAUUUAACAUGGCCAACAAGAAAAAUACAGGGACCCAGGACACAGGAACUGAAAAUAAAGGAAAACAUCACCUCCUUGGUCCAGACUGGAAUUGUGUGCCCCAAAUGACUACCUUUAUUGGUGAAGGGGAACAAGAAGCCCAGAUAACAUACAUCGACUCCAAACAGAAAACUGUUGAGAUGACAGACAAUACCAUGUGUCCAAAAGAUCACCGACAUUUGUAUAUAGACAACACAUAUAAUUCCGAUGAACUUAAUCAGCCACUGACCCAGCCAGGCGAUGCCCCUUGUGAGGCAGACUACAGAAAUCUCGCUCAGCAUUCCUUAUUGACCCUCUCAGGACCAGAAACUCUAAAGAAAGCACAGGAAUCUCCGAGAGGAGCCAAAGUGUCCUUUAUUUUUGGAGAUCUCGCAUUGGAUGAUGGGAUGAGUCCCCCAACUCUCGGCUAUGAAAGACUGUUAGAAGAGAGUCCAGACAUGCGGGAGAAGCAGAGGAGUCUCUAUAUAAGCAGUGCCAAUGACAUGAAAAGCCUGGAUCUCACUCCAGACUCAGAGAGCAUCCAGUUUGUGGCAAAUUCUGUUUAUGCGAACAUAGGUGACGUGAAGAACUUUGAGGCCCCGGAGGGUAUAGAGGAACCCCUCUUGCAUGACAUCUGUUACGCUGAAAACACUGAUGAUGCUGAAGAUGAGGAUGAAGUAAGUUGUGAGGAGGACCUCGUGGUAGGGGAGAUGAGCCAGCCAGCCAUCCUAGACCUGUCAGAAUCAAGCGAUGACAUCAUUGACCUCACGACCCUGCCCCCGCCAGAAGGGGAUGACAACGAGGAUGACUUCCUGUUACGUUCCUUGAACAUGGCCAUUGCUGCCCCUCCACCUGGCUUUCGUGACAGUUCAGAUGAAGAGGACACUCAGAGCCAGGCAGCGUCCUUCCGGGAGGACAAGGCACAAAGCAGCAGCCUACAAAAUGAUGAGAUCCCAGUAUCCCUCAUUGAUGCUGUGCCCACCAACGCUGAGGGAAAAUGCGAGAAAGGACUGGAUCAUGCUGUCGUUUCCACACUGGAAGCUCUAGAAGCUCUGUCCGUGUCAGAAGAACAGCAGACCAGUGACAAUUCAGGUGUAGCCAUCUUACGGGCUUAUAGUCCUGAGUCUUCAUCAGACUCAGGCAAUGAAACUAACUCUUCCGAAAUGACUGAGAGUUCUGAAUUGGCCGCAGCCCAAAAGCAGUCUGAAAGCCUCUCUCGCAUGUUUUUGGCCACUCAUGAAGGCUACCACCCCCUUGCCGAAGAGCAAACAGAGUUCCCCACGUCCAAAGCCCCCACAGGGGCCUUGCCUCCAAAGUCCUCACACGGCCUGGCUACUCGUCCAGGGACCGACCUGCAACCCAAAGUUGUGCCUUCCAAGCAGAUACUUCACUCAGACCACAUGGAGAUGGAACCGGAAACCAUGGAGACUAAAUCAGUCACUGAUUAUUUCAGCAAACUGCACAUGGGGUCCAUGGCAUAUUCCUGUACCAGCAAAAGGAAAAGCAAGCUGGUUGAGGGGGACGGGAAAGCUCCCCUAAGUGGGAGUACCCCGGGAAAAAAACAGCAGGGAUCCAAAACAGCCGAGAUGGAGGAGGAUGUCAAAGGCAAAGUUGGUCCUGUUUCUUCUCGGGACAGCCAACACCUCAGCACUUUUAACCUAGAGAGAACUGCCUUUCGCAAAGACAGCCAAAGAUGGUAUGUGGCCUCUGAAGGUGGGGUGGCAGAGAAAAGUGGAAUGGAAGCGGCAGCUGGCAAAGCCUUUCCCAGAGCCUCUGGUCUGGGGACGAGGGAGACUGAAGGGAAGGAGGAAGGAGCUCUGGAUGGAGAAUCCAGUGAUGUUUCAGGUCUUACCCAAGGGGAUCGCUUCCUAACAGACGUGUCCUGUGUGUCUUCAGCCAAAGACGUAGACAAUGCAGAGGAUGCUGACUCGCCCGCUUGCGACCAUACCUCCAAGCUUCCAGAGGCAGAGGAGAGUGUGGGCCGCCUUUGUGAUUACCAUCUGGCCAAGCGGAUGUCAUCGUUGCAGAGUGAGGGCCAUUUUUCUCUCCAGAGCUCUCAAGGCUCCUCAGUGGACACAGGCUGUGGUCCAGGCAGCGGCAGCAGCACGUGUGCCACUCCUGUGGAGUCACCUCUGUGUCCCUCUAUGGGGAAGCACUUAAUUCCAGAUGCUUCUGGGAAAGGUGUGAGUUAUAUUUCUUCUGAGGAGAGAGCCACUGGCCUUCCCAACCAUGGAGCUGCCUUUAAAGAAAUGCUCCCCCAGCCGGAAGGGAUGUGUCCACGGAUCACAGUGCCUCCUCUGCACACAGCCAUUAAUGCCGACCCCCUGUUUGGCACUUUGAGAGACGGAUGCCACCGGCUGCCCAAGAUCAAGGAAACCACAGUGUAGCUUUGACAGAGCCUGGGAAGGAGAGACGAGGAGGCAUGCCUUCAGCUUGGUCUCAACAUCCUGAAGCUGAUCCCAUCCUGCUACCAUCAAACAUUCACUCGGAAUCAAAGGUGCCAAUUCCAAAUCAAGACCCUAAUGAUUUCUCCCAAGCAAAUCAGGCAUUCGGAGAGGUUGUGAGCUGGCGGCCAGCAGAUCUGAAAGGGAGGAGCCUCAGGACCCCUCCCAGCCAGAGGGCUCUCCGACAUAGCAGCAGUAUCCUCUCAGAACCCAUAGGUUUGGAGGCCUUCCGAGAAAGAAACAAGGGUGUAGUCAGCCUGAAGUAUCCAGGUAUCACAGAAGCACAGGAGGCCAGUUCAGAAAGGCGAGCCGAACUCCCCCUGGGGAAGAAGCUCACCAAGAGUUUGUCCCAAAGUUCAAUGCACUUUAGUUCAGAGGGGAAGUUUCACAAAAGGUCCCCAGUGACUCAUAAAGACUCAAAGCUGUACAGGACUUUACCCUUGCGGAAGCCAGAGGGCAGUCAUUGGAAAUGCCGAGGACCCUUCAGCUACUGUUUCCUGAACCGAGGCCAGGAUGAAGAUGGUGAUGAGGAUGAAGAGGAGGGAAAAGCCACCCUCCAGGUCUCUUGCCUUUAUGGACAGCAGGUGACUCAAGCCAUGCUAGAACCAAGCAACCUUUCCCCAGCUGGUGGGAUUCAAAAGCAAGGUGGGGAACUGUCCAGAGGAUCAGUGCUGAAGGUCUGGACAGAAGACCUGAAUGGCCCAGAUGACUUUGACUUUAGCAAUUUGGCCUUUGAUGCCCGGAUUGCAAGAAUAAACGCCCUAAAAGACAGCACCUACGCAAUGCCUGAUGGGUUCCUUGCAGCCCAAAAUGAUGCCAAUGAGCUGCUCUGCCUUGUCAGGGCAACCAAGGGAAAGAGAGAGGAGUCACGCCCUGAAGCAUAUGAUCUUACACUUUCUCAAUACAAGCAACUGUUAUCCAUCGAGUCCAGACAGUUGGGAAGUGCCUGUAGGAAAAUGGCAAUGGCUGAGAAAAGCCCGGAGGAGAUGCUCCUAGCUAUGACUUCCAGCUUCCAAGUGCUCUGUUGCCUAACAGAAGCCUGCAUGCGAUUAGUGAAAGUCGUGAACUCAGAAACACAGCAACAGGAAAUUGUAACGAAGAUUGAUGAAGUGGUCAUAAACUACAUUUGUCUCCUGAAAGCUGCAGAGGCAGCCACUGGAAAAACCACUGGGGAUCCUAAUAUUGGACUCUCAAUGCGACAUUCAACCACCAUGGCCGCUCUAGUAAGCACACUAACACGUUCUCUCAAGAUGCUUUUAAAUAAAUAAAUAUGAAAGUCACAUCAUAAUCUACCUUUGCAAAGCCAUACAUGAACUUUUAUUUACUUUCUGUGUACGAUGAACAGACGUCUCCUUUCUUCUCUCUGUAUAUUUUGUUAUUUUGUAUGAAAUAGGAGAUAAAAGUUACACUGAUGAAAUGUUGAAAUGUCCUAAUCAGAUGUAUUGUUUAUACUAUACAUAUAUAUAUAUAUACACGUGUAAGAAUUAUAUGAGAAAAUGAUGACAUUUGGCUAUUUUUCAUAUAGUCAAAACUCCAGGUAUAUGAUAUGAAAUUUUAAAUUCUAGCGUGUUAGACCAAAACAAUGAAUCCUAUCCCCUCUCCUUCCAAGAAGAUACUUAGAAAACAUAUCAUUCAUAUUUAGAAGUAAAAACCAAAAGAAAAUUUAGAAAAGAAAUCACAAUGUAUAUAAAGCAGUACUUAUGUUUUAAAACGUAUGAUUUUUAAGCAUUGGAAAUAGCAAAAAGGCAUUUAAAAUUCAAAAAGCUAUUAUGAAUUAUUAGAGACUAUAUAAUAAAUUAACUUUU